AAAGAUUGAAGAGAGAAUUUCUUUCCGAAUAUUUUCAAGAAGUCGACUCGACUGAUCGAGAUAUACUUCUCCGAAACUCAUGAUCCGUCUGUACGAGUGCUGAGGAUCUCGGAAGAGGAGACCACCAUGUCUCGGUAUAUUAGCUUGGUGGCGGCAGUAUCAGUGCUGGGACUUAUUGCCUGCUGCUCAGCUGAUGGUGACGGCGUAAAGCCCAUUACAGCUGUUUUGGACGCUAAUUGGCGUUCAAGCCCUCUGCUGCUAGAAAUCAGUGAAUUUGCUGCAUCAGAAUCCAAUGCAUCAUUCUGGUCCUUCGUUGAUGCUGCCGUUGAUGCCAGCAUUGCCUCAGACAAAGAUGAGUAUGACGACGGUAUAGCCAUUCUGAAGGCCAGCCUAAGCCAGCUUGACUUUGAUCUGCUUCGCUUUGCACUGUCGGUGCGCUUCCACUCGCCAGCUGUGCAGUCAUUUCAACAGGUUGCCGAGGAGCACUUGCACGACUCCUCUGCCAAGUCCUGUGAGACGUUUGCGACCGUCAAUGGCAAAGAUUACUGCUCAGUGUCUGAUCUGAAGACGGCCUUGGACACUGCUACCACUGAUGGGGAGUCUGAAUCAACGUCUCUCUACGACUUUGACCACGUUUACCCGUUCACGUCUGGCGCGCCGGUGACCGCUGUGGUGUAUGGCCGGCUGGGGACGGCAUCGCUACGCGAGUUCCACGCGCUCCUGAAGCCCCAGGCCAAGGCUGGCGCCGUGCGCUAUGUGCUGCGUCACUACGUGCAGCGCGAUGUCCUGGAGGCACGCGAUCCCCUGCGCAUGUCUGGCUACGGUGUAGAGCUGGCUAUCAAGAGUACCGAGUACAAAGCUGUGGAUGAUAGCGCCGUCAAAGAGUCGGAUGCUGGAUCACCUAGCAUGGGAAAGGAUGAUGAGGAUGAAGUGGAAGGCUUCCUCUUCGGUGUUCUCAAGAAGCGCUUCCCCGAGGAGCACGAGAAUCUGCGCAAGCUGCGCACUCACCUGGUGGAAGGCACCAAUGAGAUGGCCCCGCUCAAGGUCUGGCAGUUGCAAGAUUUGUCUUACCAAGCGUCUCAGCGUAUCCUGAGUUCUGAGCCAACCGAUGCUCUGCGUGUGAUGCGUGACAUCAGUCAGAAUAUCCCAAUGCUUGCCAGGUCCCUUUCGAAAACCCGUGUCCCACGUGAAGUUCGCUCUGAAAUCACCAGCAACCAGAAGAUCCUUGCCAACUAUGGUGUGGAUGCUGGUUCGUCAGUAUUCUUCAUCAACGGAAUGCUGCUGAGGCUGGAUGCCAUGGACCCAUUCCGGCUCAUUGCUCUACUGAAGUCAGAGGCCAAGGCUAUGCACGGACUGUCUUCCAUUGGCAUCACUGGUGAUGAUCUUCAGCGCACCCUAGCUAUCUCUGUACACCCCACACAGGGUGGCAAGUAUGGUGUGGAUAUGCGUGGUGAUGCAGUACAGUACAUCAAUAACGUGGAAGGUGACCAGGAGUAUGCCUCAUUUACACCAUACCUUCAGCAAAUGCUUUACGGUGUGCCCGAGGGACAUCUGCGUCGCAUUCGCAAGAACAUCUUCAAUGUGAUCUUUUGUGUCAACCCUGUGGAGGAGCAAAGCAUUCGCUUGCUACGCGGAGCGCAGAAAAUGCUCUCGGACCUGACUCCCGUCAGGAUGGGCCUGUUGUUUGUAGCUGGUGGCGGCGGUGAAGUGGAUGCUAAGCAGCAUGCCGGUGCAGCCCUGACCCGUGUCUACAAGUAUGUCCAGUCCAACCAAGGUGGCCGUUCAGCUCUCAAGUGGCUGAUUGAUUUUUAUGACAGCAACGAGUUGCCUUUCGAUGCCAGUGCUAUCUACAAGAAAGUUGUGAGUGAGUUUGGCGAAGACGAUGCCGAGGAGUUGUUUGCCAUCGAUGCUGCCGAAGACAAGAUGAGACGGCUUGGGAACCGCUUUUACCAGCGCAAGGGUCUGGGUGCUGUGCCUCGCUUGGUGAUCAAUGGCCAGAUCUUUGAAGUGCCCGCUGGAAAGGAUGUUCGCAAGUCCGUGAUCGAGGCUUGUGAAGGUAUGUCACUUUUUACCGCUACGUACUGGAACCUUCUAUGGAGUUCACCAAGACUGGGUCGGCGUGCACAUCAGUAGCUGCUGUUUUCUCCGACUUGCCCGAUAGCAUUCUGCUGACCCUGAAGAUGGACGUGCCUCAGCCGUGGAUGGUGGAGGUGGUGCGCUCCGCUUACGACUUGGACAACAUCCGUCUGGCAGAUGUGGAGCAAGCUGUCGUCAGUACAUUCCAGCUUAUUGCUAUCGUUAUGGAAGGUCACUGUUCCGACAUUGAGACUGGAUCGCCAACCCGCGGUCUUCAGUUCAUCCUGGGAACUCCCUCGCUACCUGAUCGCGUGGAUACUAUCGUCAUGGCAAACAUGGGAUACUUCCAGCUGAAGGCCAACCCUGGAGCAUGGGGUCUGCGCUUGAGAAGUGGACGCUCGCAGGAUAUCUUCCAGAUUGAGAAAACGUCAGGUGCGGAAGUCAUCAAAAGUGACGACCGGGCACUUGUUAUUGUGAAUGACUUCAAUGGAAAGUUCAUCGAGGUGUCGGUACGCAAGCGCCCCGGAAAGGAGCAGGAGGAUGUCUUGGAGGGUGGCGGUGAAGAGGAGAAGACUGGCUUCUGGGGAAAUGUGCUCGGUACGGGAGACGAGAACUAUGAAGCUGAGACUGAUGAGGUCAUCAAUGUAUUCUCCAUUGCCUCCGGUCAUUUGUACGAACGAUUCUUGAGAAUCAUGAUGUUGAGUGUGGUGAAGAAGACCAAGACACCUGUGAAGUUCUGGUUCUUGCAGAACUUCCUCUCCCCACAGUUCAAGGACUUCAUUCCACACAUGGCCAAGGAGUACGGCUUUCAGUAUGAGCUAGUCCAGUACAAGUGGCCCCAUUGGCUCCACAGACAGACCGAGAAACAGAGAAUUAUCUGGGGAUACAAGAUCUUAUUCUUAGACGUACUGUUCCCGCUCAACGUCAAGCGUAUCAUCUACGUAGAUGCUGAUCAGACGGUGCGCUCUGACCUGAAGGAGCUGAUGGACAUGGACCUAGAAGGGGCACCGUACGCCUACACACCGUUCUGCAACUCACGGCCUGAAAUGGACGGUUUCAGGUUCUGGAAAUCUGGAUACUGGGCUUCUCACCUGAGCGGGCUGCCAUAUCACAUCAGUGCACUGUACGUUGUGGAUUUGAAGCGUUUCCGUCGCCUGGCUGCUGGUGACCGUCUCCGUGGACAGUAUCAAGGUUUGAGCCAGGACCCUAACAGUCUUGCCAAUUUGGAUCAGGACUUGCCGAAUAACAUGAUCCACCAAGUGCGCAUCAAGAGUUUGCCACAGGAAUGGUUAUGGUGUGAGACUUGGUGCAGUAACAGCACCAAACCAAACGCGAAAACAAUUGACUUGUGCAAUAACCCUCAGACCAAGGAGCCCAAAUUGUCAGCAGCUAUGCGCAUUAUUCCCGAAUGGUCAUCAUACGAUCAAGAGGUGCGAUCGCUCCAGGAUCAGAUUGACGGGGCCCCGCUGCCACCAGCUGAUACACCUGCUGCAGGUUCACAAGGCCAUUCUCAUGAUGAGUUUUAGGUGGUGUUCUCCACAAUUAUACCCAAGUGCUAGCCACUGCGCCUCUAUCUCACUCGGUGCUGCGCGCUGUCACGCAGCAAUGCAUCAUCAUCAUCGUUCCGAUGGGGACUGUCUUGCUGUGCCGUGCAUGCUAGUCAGCUAGUGUGGAUGCCAAGCAGCAUUACAUCUUGCAGUGGAGUGACAUGGCGUGGGGUUGCUCCAGGGAAGUUUGCUACGUCAAGUCCAUUCUUCCUUCUUGCCUCCCGCUGCACUGGACUUUCCGAAAUAAAAACACGGCAAAACUUAUCCGCUUUAUCAUUCUCAUUUAACACUAAUUUUGUUGGUAUUUCUGCCUGCUUGCUUGCUAUGCACAUGUGCAUGGUACAUAGGUGGACUUGUGACACACUGAUAUACAUCUAGGUAUAGGAAGAGAGUAGAUAGAAGACGGCUGAUGUGUACAUAGAUAAUGUUGUUCUUGUCUAGUGGUCUGCAUCUGCAAGUGGCAGGCUGUAUUGUACCAUAGCACACGCCUUUCGACUAUUCUGCUUCUUUCCCUCCGUGUCCAUUUGCCACCUAAACCCUUUGGCUGACUUUUAUUUGCUUCCGUGCAUGUGCUUCCCGUGAAAAUGAUUCGUUCCCAUCUGUAUUUAUUUCAUUUGAACUCAGAUCAUCAUCUCUAGCUGAUGGUUUGCUGUUUGAGAGAGCUGAAGUAAAAAAUGAAACUAUCUUUCAAAAAUCAAGAACGGCAGGUGCAUUUGA